AGACAUCACCUAAAAUUUCGCAACGGAGGUCUCCAAGCUCGUGCCUCAGCCGCUAUAAAACUAUCGCCAGAUCCACUUGAUCGCGCAACACCGAGUGCGAGAUUCUCCGUUCUUGAGCCAUUCAGAUUUUGCCAUCUGAGAUUCGUCGGAGGCGAGGCGAGGCGAUGUCGGGGCGUGGAAAGGGCGGCAAGGGUUUGGGUAAGGGUGGGGCUAAGCGCCAUCGCAAGGUGCUCCGCGACAAUAUCCAGGGCAUCACCAAGCCUGCGAUUCGCCGACUGGCAAGGAGGGGCGGCGUAAAGCGUAUCAGCGGCCUCAUCUACGAGGAGACCCGUGGCGUCCUCAAGAUCUUCCUAGAGAACGUUAUCCGCGAUGCGGUGACCUACACUGAGCACGCGCGCCGGAAGACUGUCACCGCCAUGGACGUAGUAUAUGCUCUAAAGAGGCAAGGUAGGACUCUGUAUGGUUUCGGUGGUUAGGGUUUUGUCUUUGACAAAAGUCUUGCUGUCAAGAAAUUGGAAAACUUGUGGUUUCAUAUUAGAAUUGCAGGAUUAGGGUUUUUUUUGGUCCAGCCAUGCUUCUAGAACUUGUGUCCAUGUGUAACUGCUUGUUUUUCUUACCUUCAAGUGAUCUGCUCAUUGUUCU